AUGAAAGUCAGUGAUAUAUUUUCGAAAGGAUUUUUAACCCGUAAUGAAUAUCUAAAACUUUGUACUGAGAAUGUUGAUUGCUACUUUACUGCGAAUGGACGGCUAGUUCGAAAUUGUAAAGAUAUAAACGCUCUUGAAGAUGGCGUUGUCAUAAGGAUUCAUCCUCGUUUACGUGGCGGCAAAGGGGGGUUUGGAUCUAUGCUUAGGGCUAUCGGUAAUCAAAUAGAGAAAACUAAUAACAAUGACAUGUGCCGAGAUCUCUCUGGUCGACGCAUUCGAGAUGUAAAUGCGGAAACCAAGCUCAAGGAGUGGUAUGGGAAUGCCAGUGAACGUGAGCGUGCAAAGCUGGAAAAAGUUCUUGAAAAACAGAGACGUCGUCGUGAAGCCCUUGCCAAAGGUCCUCUUCAUGAUCACAAAUUCAAUGAUCCUGAAUUCAGCAGACGGAAAGAGCAUAUAUAUGCAGAAUUGCAGGAUGCCGUGGAAGAUUUGUUGAAGAAGAUUGGCGCGGAUUCUUCCUCGGCUGGCCCCUCCAAGAAGCGACGAAAGCUCUGGAUUGAAACAAUCGAUGGUUAUGACCUUUCUAGUAGUGAUGGUGAUGAAGAUGGCAAUGCAGAUUCUGAUGUGCUAUCUGCUGAUUCUGAGCCUAUUUCGUCUUUGUCUAAGUCCCCUCAAACUGAUGGUAAUGAAACGGAAGAACCCAAUCCCACUUCCAGCAAAAAUAGAUCUGCCGAUGUUCGGGCACCCACUCCUAUAGCUGUCGAUGUACAAAAUGCUUCGAAUUUCGCCGUCAUUACCGAUGAUGUCCUCAGUAGUGUGCCAUCUGCAUCCCAUUUGGAGUCAUAUGGCUUGGAGUCCUUGAAGCAUGCUCUCUCAAUCAGAGGACUGAAAUGUGGCGGAACUGUUUCAGAGCGCGCAUCUAGACUCUUUUCUGUUCGUAAUCUCGAUCCUGCUAACUAUCCUUUCAAGUUGCUUGCCACUAAACCCCAAAAAUGA